CGCCAGCAGACCGCGGGACUGCCGACGACCUGCGCCCUUCCCGAGCUGUCUCGGAGACCAGGGUCCCACAUGGGAUGGGAUGGGAUGGGCGCGGGGGCUGCAGGAGAGGGAACUUCGUGGCGGAGGGAGCGGUGAGUGCCCCGCCGGUCAGGGAGGCCGGAACCGCGUGCGGGAGCUCCCAGAGAUGGACGCAGAGGCCGGGAGCGGCGCGCAGAAAAGUCCCGGCGUGGGAUGCGGAGACUGGAGCUGUGUGCGGUAUGGCCCCCUCUCUCUCUCAGGCCUACCGAAGGCGCUGGUGGAUGGCGAUUACGGCGGUGAUCGAAAACCUCCUCUUCUCCGCCGUGCUGCUGGGAUGGGCCUCCCUCCUCCUCAUGCUGACGAAGGAGGGCUUCUACUCACACCUCUGCACAGAGACAGGGAACAGCUCCGAGGAGCUGGAAUUGUCGGACGGGACGGGGAACGGUUCGUCCGCUGGUGAGUGGGUCAGCUGUGUGGAACAGGCCGAGAUGCUGAACCUGGGCUUCACCAUCGGCUCCUUCCUGCUGAGUGCUACCACUUUGCCCCUCGGCAUCCUGAUGGACAAGUACGGGCCCCGCUUUCCACGGCUCAUCGGCAGCUCCUGUUUCGCUGUCUCCUGUGCGAUGAUCGCUGUGGCUGCGUACAAUCCUCCCACUCUCUCUGCACUGAUUUUUCUGGCCUUGUCACUCAACGGUUUUGGAGGGAUCUGCAUCACCUUCUCCUCGCUCACACUGCCUAACAUGUUCGGCAACCUCCGCUCCACCAUGAUGUCACUGAUGAUUGGCUCCUAUGCCUCGUCCGCGGUCACCUUCCCCGGAAUCAAGUUGAUCUACGACGCAGGCGUCCCAUUCACUGUCAUCAUGUUCGUCUGGGCUGGCCUGGCCUGCCUCGUCUUCCUGAACUGCUACCUCAACUGGCCCUGGGCCAGCUUCCCCGACCCCGAGGAGGCCAGCUACAUACAGAAGGUGAAGUUGAACAGCCUGGCUCUGGACCACAAGGUGACUGGAGACCGUUUCUACGUCCACGUCACCACAGUCGGACAGCGCCUGAGUCACCGGCUGAACCCACCUCAGGAACACACUCACCUCUCCACCGAGAGCCUGGGGCAGGCGAAGAGGCCAGGGCCCGAGG